AUGUACCCUCGAGCCAAGAAUUGUGCUUGUCUUCUCCAUCUGCAGCGCAACAUCGUCACUAUGUUCAAGAAGAAACACCUAGCUUACAUGGUCUACCGUGUCUCUGAUUUCUACAGACACUUCAAUGAGAUAAAGAUGGUCGACAUUAAUUGUGCUGAUUAUCUAGUCAGGGCUGGUUUCGAACAUUGGACUCGGUCCCACUGUCAUGGCUUGCGUUACAAUAUAAUGACCAGUAACGUAGCCGAGUCACUCAAUGCCGCUUUGGCGGAAGCAAGGGGAUAUCCAAUAGUUGCGCUUCUUGAUUACAUUAGGUCUAUGCUGAUGAGGUGGUUCUCAGGAAGACGUGAGGCAUCAGCUGGGUGCGGCGGUGUUGUGACGCCAAAGGUAGAAGAACUGAUAUCCAAGAAUUUCAGUGUUUCGACAGGGUUGCUUGUCCAUCACAUCAAUGGGGGUGAGUUUGAAGUUCGUGGCAUGGACGGACACCCUUUCAUGGUUGACCUUGAUAAGAAGGUUUGUAGCUGCCUAGAGUUUGAUAUGCUCUUGAUCCCAUGUGAGCAUGCUGUCGCUGCUGCGAUGCACUCAAAGCGCAGGAUAGAUGCUCUCGUCAGUGAGAAGUUCACGCGCAACACUUGGGCAGCUGCUUACUCCAUGAGCAUCAACCCCACCGGAGAUUAUAUGACUCCAGCUGCUGAGGCCGACACUCUUGGUGCGCUGAUACUUGCACCGCCAAAUACAAGACGUCCACCAGGGAGGCCUAAGAAGACAAGGAUCUUCUCGCGUGGUGAAUUCAAAAGUGGUCUCCGUGGGCGUCGCCCAAGAACUUGUAGGAGGUGCGGAGGAACGGAUCACAACCGUGCCACCUGUAAAAGGCCAAUAUGA